UUCAUAGACUUUUCUUCUCUCUCUUACUCUUGGAUGUUCUGUCCAAAAACAAAUUAAAGACACACUCUUCACUCUUCAUCGGAACAGAUCCGGAGCGCUCUCUCGAUCGGUUCAAUGCAUCGGGUCUCAGCUCUCGCGUUUCUUCUUCUACUGCUUUCUGUGGCCACCGACGCAUCGGUUCACACUUACAGCGGUGACAAGUUCGCCGACAAAGGCAACGCCUUUGUUGUACACGGAGGCAGUGAAGGAAUUUACUCUUCUGCCCCUAACCACAAUGACACUUCUUCCGCUGCAAAUGGCGACUCUUACAUUAGGUUUGAAAGGAUAACAUUCCGCAGAAACAAAGACUUCACUAACUUUAGCUCAUUGCCGAUUCAAGCUGUUGUUUUUGAGGUUGAAGAUAGGGAAACAAUUGGCGGCUCAGCGUAUGGGGGUCAAAGGGCUGUCUGUUGCACCAGUGAUCUAGCAAAACUUGGUGUAUGUACUGAAGGACAGGUUAUUCACCGUCCUUCUGCGGAGAAUUCAGAUUGGCCUAAAGUAUUUGGUGUCUCUUUUGAAAUGGAUGAAGAUAUUGCGGCGCUGCCAUUAAAAUCUAUAGAAAUCACAAAAACUGGGAUGUAUAACUUAUAUUUCAUCCAUUGUGAUCCAAGGCUCAAAGAAAUUGUUGUGGAAGGGAAAACUGUAUGGAAAAAUCCAUCCGGUUAUUUACCUGGAAGAAUGGCACCGAUGAAGAUUUUCUACCAGUUCAUGUCUUUUGCAUUUGUUUUCCUUGGGAUCUUUUGGUUCUCUCAGUAUGCUAGGUCUUGGAAGGAUGUAUUCCCGCUGCAGAAUUGUAUUACUGUCGUUAUAACGUUGGGGAUGUUUGAGAUGGCUCUGUGGUACUUCGACUAUGCGGAAUUCAAUGAGACUGGAGUCAGACCAAUGGGGACAACCAUCUGGGCAGUCACCUUUGGGACUGUUAAACGCACAGUGGCACGAAUGGUAAUUUUGAUGGUUUCGAUGGGCUAUGGUGUUGUGAGACCAACCCUUGGUGGGCUCACAUCAAAGGUGGUUAUGCUUGGUGGAACCUUCUUUCUCGCAUCUGAAGUUCUCGAAUUGGUAGAGAAUGUUGGAGCAGUAAGUGAUCUUUCUGGAAAGGCAAGACUGUUUUUGGUUCUUCCUUCUGCAGUAUUGGAUGUGUUCUUCAUUCUUUGGAUUUUCACUUCACUCUCUGCAACUUUAAACAAGCUUCAGGCCAGGAGGAUGUUGGUAAAACUGGACAUUUACAGGAAGUUCACUAACGCCUUGGCAGUCGCUGUGAUUGUAUCCGUGGGAUGGAUAUGCUACGAGCUCUAUUUCAAAUCAAAGGAUAUAUACAAUGAGAAAUGGCAAAAUGCGUGGGUUAUCCCAGCCUUUUGGCAAGUUCUAUCAUUUUCUCUCCUGUGUGUUAUCUGUGUUCUAUGGGCACCAUCCCAAAAUUCAACACGUUAUGCUUACCGUGACGAUGGGAGUGAAGAGUUUGACAGGGACGAGACUACUUUGACGCUCAUAAAACCGUCGCCAAUUUCAAAAGAAGUUCGAAGCUUGCCAGAUGAUAGAUCAGUGCAAGGGAACAAUGGAAUUUCAAAUGGUGAUUUAGAAGAAGACAAGACGGAAUAAUAACUGAAUAAGCUAGAAUUACAGUUGUGCUUCUGUUCGUGAAAUUAGCUAUAUAAGUCUUAGAUUCGUUGUAGUGAAUCUUAGUUCCAGAUUUGUUGCAUUUUCAGCUGGCACGUACUUGCGAGAUUAAUUAGAUUGCACCCGAGAUCUUCGAGUUCCUGUGACGCUUUUUCCUUUGUACUAUAAUAAUAUAAUGAUACGGUUCACUUUUUUCUAAUAAUGAGAAACUUUAUUAAAAUUAUGUUGUA